AUGACUGCCGAAGGCUCGAUUCUCGUUACGGGGACCAAUGGUACCCUGGGUGCCAAGAUCGUUGCUACGAUCGUCGGCAACACCGCCAACGCCGCCAAGUAUCACGGCCUCUAUACUGUGCGCAACGUCGACGGUGCCUCAAACCUCAAGUCUGUGCUCGCCAAGUCGCCCAAGGUGCACAAGCAUGACGUCCUGGCUCUCGACCUUGACCGGCUGCAGUCGGUGCGCGAUGUGGCCAACGACAUCAAGACGCGCGUGGCCACUGGCAAACUGCCUCCCAUCCGCGCGCUGAUCUGGAACGCGGGCUUCCAGGAGCAGUCCACCCAGACGUUCACAGAGGACGGCUUCGACACUACGUUCCAAGCCAACUAUCUGUCACACUGGCUGUUGACCGUGCUGCUUCUCGGCAGUAUGGACAAGGACCACGGCCGCGUCGUCGUCGUGGGCAGCUGGUCUCACGAGUAUGACGUACCCUACGCCUGGUAUCUUUGUCCUGCCAUGGUUCCAUGUACUGACUUGCUGACUGGCUGGCUGCAUUUUAGUACUGCCGACAAAAACAAUGAGUUCGGCGGCCAGACCUACUAUUCCGACGAAAAGUGGAAGACAUUGUUCACGGACACAAAGUCGCUUGCGUAUGGCACUUUCAGUCCGCCCGACGGCGACCCAACUGGCGAUGCAGGUAUACGGCGCUACGGUGCCGCCAAAUUGUGCGAGGUGAUGAUGAUUCGUGAAAUGCAGGAACGAUUCGACAAGGACCCGGUCCUGUCCAACCUGUCCAUACUUGGUGUCGACCCAGGUGGAAUGCCCACGACUCUCCUCCGUCGUGGCAACUUUUGGUUCGCCCAGCCGCUCGCUGCCAAAUUUAUCACGACCCCAUUGAGUUACGCCUGGUCCAUGAUAGAGUCGAACUCGGUGAUGCGCCCUGCCUCCAAGUCUGCGCGGGAUGUCUUGCGGGCUGCCCUUGAGUCGACCCCGCCUCCGAUGAGCGAACACCCCAAGGGCCUGUACUUCAACGGCAAUGCACCGAUUCUGCAGGGCGCCGAGGCCCGUGAUCCGGCCAAAACGGGCGCCCUGUGGCGUGACAGUGUCAAAUUUACUGGCAUUGACGAGCACGACAUGGUUCUCAAGGCAUGGAACUAA